CGUUGUAGCUGGUGACCAUGAUUGGAUUGGUAUUGUUUGUGGCCUUCCUAUCCUGCGAGUGUAUGGGACACCAGUUGAAUGAUACCUACGGAGGCUUACCAAGCUACUAUCAGUCCUCAAUAUCACCAGAUGGUACAUGGAACAGUUCGUUACAAAGUUCGAUGUACUACAAUACGUCAUCGAACGCUUCAAAUACAUCGCUUGCCACCGUCGAUCCCGACAGCGAUUCUCUUUCCUCGCGCAUGACGGUCGGAAUGAUUGGAGGCAUCAAAUUUAUCAUCUAUAUUUUCCGUCUCGUUGGUGAAUUUCUGCGAAAGUUCGGUGCCGAGAUGCGUGUCGCCAAGUGUCUGCUAAUGUACUCGUUCACCUUCCAACCGUUGAGCUCGAAGGUGAACAGCGGGUCGAUCAUCAGCUUGUUGACCGAUUACUUCGGGGACGAGGAUGCGCGCGACGUGUACGGGUUCCUUUCGCGCAACGUGUUCGCUCAUUUGGGCUUGAAGACGGAUUAAUGAAAUGCUCCUUGGGUGAAAAAAUUUAAUCUAACUCCUCCACAAAUCUGUUACUCCGCAAGUUUAAUGCUGUCUGUGAUGGUUUUUAACCUGACGCCGCGCGA